CUUCUCCGAGUCACGUUUCCCCCGAGGACAAGACAGUGAGAACCUCUUCCGCCUGCGGAACCUGGUGGCUCCUAUUGCGAGGACAACAUUUGGAGCCGGACUAGGCGGCACUUCCGUUCACGCCUCCGCUUUAUGGCCUACCAGCGGGCUGACGGGUAUGGGCUCCGCUGGCCUGGGGCGACUGAACGGGCUCUUUGCGGUGUAUAAGCCCCCGGGACUAAAAUGGCUGCACCUGCGGGAUACGGUAGAGAUGCAGCUUCUGAAAGGUCUCAAUGCCCGGAAGCCUCCUGUCCCGAAACAACGCAUUCGCUUUUUGCUGUGCCCUGUGGAAGGCAGUGACAAGAAGGAAUUGACCCUCACAGCCACCAGCGUGCCCACCCUCACUGACCACCCUCUGGUACGUGGACCGGCCUUCACCAGCCUAAAGAUUGGUGUGGGACACCGGCUGGACGUCCAGUCUUCAGGGGUGCUUGUGCUCGGCGUGGGACACGGAUGCAAGCUCCUCACCGACCUGUACGAUGCUCAUCUCACCAAGGACUACACAGUGCGCGGCCUGCUGGGCAAAGCCACGGACAACUUCCAGGAGGAUGGGCGGCUGGUGGAGAAGACGACCUACGACCACGUGACCAGAGAGAAGCUGGAGCGCAUCCUGUGCGUCAUCCAAGGCUCCCACCAGAAGGCCCUGGUGAUGUACUCCAACCUGGACCUGCAGUCGCAGGAGGCCUAUGAGAUGGCCGUGAGAGGUGUGAUCCGGCCCAUGGACAAGUCCCCGAUGCUGAUCUCUGGCAUCCGCUGCCUCCACUUCACACCUCCAGAAUUCCUCUUAGAGGUGCAGUGCGUGAACGAGACGCAGCAGCAGCUCCGGAAGCUGGUUCAUGAAAUUGGCCUGGAGCUCAAGACCACCGCCAUCUGCUCCCAAGUCCGGCGCACACGGGAUGGCUUCUUCACACUGGAUGACGCCCUCCUGAGGACCCAGUGGGACCUGAAUAGCAUCCAGGAUGCCAUCCAGGCCGCAGCCCCCCGGGUGGCGACAGAGCUGGAGAAUAACCUGAGGCCACUGUCGGGCACCCAGCCGCUCCCCAGUCCUGGUUGGCCCUCGGGCUCCAAGGACCUGAGCUCUGCCUUGGGGCUGGAGAGCUGGGUGGGGCCCUGAAAGGCCAGGCAUCAGGCGGGGCAGUGGGCGGAUUACAAUAAAGGCUCAGUGUUUAGGAGCCAGAACUGGUAAGUGUGCAGAAAAUACGUACUGGAGUCUAGCAAAUUCUUAUCUGGGAGGCUGAGGCAGGAGGGUCUUGAAUUUGAGCCCAGCCUGGGCAAUUUAGCAAGACUCUUACAGUACAAAAUAUUAAAAGGAGGGAUGGGGAUGUAGGUCAGCAUGAAGGCCCAAAAUUCAACCUCUGGUACUGGGGGUGGGGUUAGAAAAAGGCUUGUCUACAUUAGACGUAAAACUGAAGUUGUUAACAAUCAACAGGCUUGAUCCUGCUAAACAGGAAAAACUACUGUAUGGAGAAGAUGAUAAACAGACUGGUAAAAAUUUUUACAGUGUCUUGCUGGCUUUGGUGACCCACACCUGACCUUAAUCCCAGCUGCUUAGGAAGCUGAGGCAAGAAGCCCACCUUGGACAGUUUAGUGAGAGCCUGUCUCAAAAAGGACUGGGUUGUCACUCAGUGCAGAGCGUCCUAGGACCUCCCCACAAAACUGCAGUGUGGUUAAGUGUAAAUAUUCUUAAUAAAUAAAAGGGUCUUAGCAGUACAAAGAAGAUGAUAAGAAGACUGGGCUGAUUUGAACUCGGUAUAUAGCAAAAAUCCAAACGGCGUGGGUGUGAUGAAGCGGGCCUGUAACCCCAGCUUUCAAAGGCUGAGGCAGGAGGGUCACUUGCAGUUGGAGACCAACCCGGACUACAUAGUGAGGUCAAAGCCAGCACAGACUAUGUAGGGAGAGUCUCUCCCCUCCUCCCUGUCAAUGGAAGAUAACCAGAUAAAAAUGAGAAGGUUGCAUUGCCUUCCAGAGUGCGAAAACUUGUGAAAAUAGCUAGUCUUUGUGACAGUGGUAGGGAAAACUUUAAUAGCAAAAAUUUAGGAAAUGUCACAA